UGCAGGUGGCGUGCACAUUUGUCGCGUGUACGUGUGCGAGAGUGUGCGUGCGUGCGUGCGUGUCUGAAUGCCAACAAGUUGAUAUUUAUUAUUAUUAUUAUUAAUUUAUUUUUCUCCCUAAAGAGAGCUUUGAAUUAAGUCACGGAAGUAAGAGGGUGAGUGAGGCAUCUUUCAGAGGAACCGGAGAGAGAGAGCAGAGAGAGAGCGAGAGAGAGAGAGAACAUACUUUCCACAACGACGGCGACUCUAAUGAACUCGAAAUAACAAGUUUUCUACGCGCAGCCGUUGAAAACACGCCGCAUCUGCGCAGUGUGUCGCUCUUCCGACACUAGCGAACUUAACUUGGAGCGAGGAGAAGUGCUGCAGCUGCUCGCGCCGUUGUUGUUUCAUUCAGUAUUUUGUUCGUAUUUGUUAAAUGUUGUCCGUGCGGUCGGCGGUUUAACAGUCGAGUCGUAGUCCCGUGUGCCUUCUUCUUUCUAACCGCGUCACGUCGGCGUGAAUGAAGUCGUAGCCGUCACGGUAACAGUACUACAGCGUAAUAGUCAGGGAUAAAGCCAUAAGCUACUGCGAGGGAGGGAGGAGGGGAGAAGAAGAAGGAGAAGAAAAAUGCUAAAGACGCUGACGAAGAAGCUAAGACGACACUCGCUCAACGAGAUACAUCCUUUCCAGCUGAAGAUUUCUUACCAUGGCAGUGGAGAGGGAGGGGAGAGUGACGACUCGGAGGGGGAGAACCAGGAGCUUGCACAGAUUGACAGAGAGAGGCGGAGAAACUGUGCCCUCACGCCUUUGGCCACCAGCCAGCAACACAACCAGGGCCCCCUCUCCCCGGCCCGGUUACGACGCCUCCGCCUCCUCUUAGACGCCAAUCUGGACCGCCACUCCUCCGAGGAGGAGGAGCUCGAGCGGAUCAGCCGCGGCGACAGCCGGAAGUGGGUGUCGGCACUCCCCCCGUGCCACGGCGACCACCACAGCAGCGCCUCCAGCGACGAGGAGGUGCGGGACCUCUUCGGCUGCGUGUCGCCGGCCGCCUCCGCCAGGCCGCUGGUCGAGGCGGGCGCCUGCCUGGCCAUCUCCCCGAGCCCCGUACUGUUCAGCUCCAGUCCGCCGCGCAGCCUAAAGCCGCCGCCCAUGCGCUUUCAGCUGCAGGCGGUGCAGCCGGUGGCGCGGCCCAUCAUUUUGACCCACUUUGACCAGUCAGCACCUUAUAGGAAGUAUCGGCACAGUUACGGCAGAGAGCCGGGGAGGCCGAGUCUGGAUCUGGAGAAGAUGCAACAGAAAAUGCUGCUGAAAAAAAGCUGUGGAGGGAAAACGCGGACUAUAAAAAUUCGGACUCUGACAGGCAGUCGCCCUCCGCCCCGGUACACCUACGAUCCCUCCAUCUUCAGCUUCCGCUCCCUGAGCGCGGUGCCCCCCUGCAGCCCGCUGACCCCGUCCGAGGACCCUCCCUGCUCGUAGAGGACGUUCGCCCACCGACAGAUAACCGUCUCCCUCCCUCACCUCUCGCUCACCAUUCCCAGAUGGCUGCUUUGUUCUUUUCUUUCCGUGGCUUCUGUGGCGAGACCGAGGAGCGGCCCCGUCGGUGAAAAACCGACUGCUGGAAAAGACUUCUCGUUCUCCACGGUGGCCAAACUAUUGCACACUCAGGUAAUCCCACCCUGUACAACUACGCAGUCACUCUUUCUUUGAUCAUCGUUCCCCCGGUGAGACCAGCGGGAACAAAAAAAUGGGCCUAAACACGACAUUACUACAGGAUGCUUCAGGUAUUACGCGUGUCUCUGGAAGACAAAAAGACGCUGUGACUGGAUGACCCAGAAAGGGAAAUGGACUCUGGGGUCAGAAGGUGGAACGAAGAAGGGACGCUUUUUGAAACCCGAAUUUAAUUCUGGGUAAAAAAAACCCACAUUCCAGGGAAACAAUGCAUGAGACAAUCAACCGGUUGUGAGGGUUACUUCUGUCGAUGUGAUUGCUGGACAUCUUGUAAAAGUCGUAGUAACUUCCUGUCCUAAACAUGGCGACACAAGCGUAAGACGGGUCACAUUCGUCCGUCUGUUAUUGAAUAUUCAGACGAGCCAAGAUGACACAUGUAUGACGUGUGUGUGUGCAGCCGACCGGCCGACCUUUGACGAUGUACGUUUUCUGAAUGAAUUUGUCACUUUUAGUCAGUAGAGUGCUUGCAUCCGCUCUCUCCCCGCAUGGACGCCGAAAGAGAAGGUACGCGUUGGUCUGAGGACGUACAAGAAUAUAGUUCGCCGCACAUUAAGCGUAACGGGUGCUUUGGUUACGCGUAGCCUACUUGUAGUGUGCCAUGUAUUUUUCCAAUAUUGUACCUCAUUACUUUCUAGGUAGAAGAGGACCACGCUGGUGUACCCAAGACGCCCCAGUGUCUUUGUAAAGAUCUCUUAAAAUGCCUUGAAAUCACAUUCCUGUCGUAUCGUAUGACACUUUGAGUUGAGCCGAUAGGCUCAAUGAACGCAACGACCUCCUUUACCCCUGGCCAGGGAUAAAUAAAAGUGCGUUUUGGCCGAUCGGAUUGAAAUUUACUGGACGGCCUUAAAAGGAAAAGCAGUCAUUUCAAAGGCGAUGGGUGCAUGUCCCCGGAGACACGUUAAUACCCCGGUGUAAAAAGUUAAUCAUACCGGGAAACGAUAAAAUGCAUUUCAACGCACGGUGUAAAGCGGGUCCACGUCUCCACUGUCUGGCAGAAGGGAAGUGAACAUGUGACACGGUGACAUGUUUUGCUCCAUUGUUGCACAAAAUGAAUCAAUAAAUGCCCGGUGGCCUCUUGUU